GCGUAUCAGAGAGCUUCCAGGACAGGAACCCCAUUCUGGACACAAUUCCCACUUCAUCGACCCCACGACCAGGUAUACCUGCUACUACCUAGGUCCCUAGAGUAGAGAUACGACCCACGUUACCUUCAGUUAUGUACUAGUGUAGCCUCCACGACCCAGCUUCCGUUGUCGACUUCGGCACGGGCAAUUGUGGCCUCUUCAGCUUCGGUCCGCUAUAACCUCUCUUGUUCGCCGCCCUUUGGCUCGUCGCCGUCCCGAACCUUUCUUUAAACCUUUCCCCCAUCCGCUCCAUUCACUCCUCUUCCCCUCCCCCUCUUAGAGACUCCUCCAGAUCCUCCCAUCGAGGUUUCCCUUCUUCUCCUCCACCACCCCAGGAUUGAUCGCCAGUCCUGUGCAUCAUGCUAUAGAGAGACCAACAACAAGCUUGCCACCUGUUGUCAUCCGAGUCUCCUCCCUCAGCCUCGUCUUCUUAUCUGUCCUGCAUUGGAUUAGCUUUUCUACCCUUCGGUAUUGCGCAGGCACUGCCGAACCUUUCCAACCACCUCACCACGCACACACACAUUAUAAGCUUCGAGCUGCUAGGUGGUCCUUUCUCCCAACACAACCUAUUCUUAAUCAACGUCACUACAAUAACGAGACGCGCCUGUUCCGUAUCCCCAGCUCGUUGGUGCGUUAUCGCCUUUUAUCAUCAUCACCAUCAUAAUGGCCGACUCGACCGAGCAGUCAGCUGCCGCCCAGCUCUUGCAACAGCAUCUGGAGACAGCUUCCAACGCCGGCUCCUCCCACCGCGUCCUUGUCGAGGAGGUUGAGGACGAGGAUCUUCACAAGCCUGUCUCUAGCUCGGAGACUCCCGCGGCGCCCAAGCCCAAGCCCAAGACCCUCGACACGCAAUCCCGCGAGCUGUUCCCCGAGCUGGGCGGGCCCAAGCCCAAAGCGAGUGUUGUUGCCCCCAUCUGGGGUGCCAAGAGCAACACCAAUGGGAGUUCCAAUGGCGCCGCUCCGGCCAACGGCACCCCGCAGACUUCGGCACCGCCUUCCGGUGUUAGCACCCCGAUCGGCUCCGGAAGGCAAGGGCCCGGGCCACAUCCGUUGAGCAUUCCGGGCCGCAAUGUCGAAACCAUGUUGCUUGACCCGCCCCACAUCCUUCCCAGGACUCAGCUCAAGCGUCCUCUUCCCGAUAUCCUGAAGGACUUGAACCGCAAGGCGCGCGCCAACGUGACCAUGCAUGCUUUGGGUAACGGUCAGCUCAGGUUCGACGCUGUUGGCCCGCAAGAGCACGCCACCCAGGCGCUCAAGGACUUGGUUAACCAAAUCGGCACCAAGCAAAACAUCACCGUUCAGAUUCCCUCGUCGGCGAGGGCGCACAUUAUCGGCAAGGGCGGUUCCACCAUCAAGGCUAUUCAGGAGAAGACCGGAGCGAGAAUCCAGCUACCAAAGGCCGACGAGUCCCAGCCUCCUGCAGACGAGGACGAUGAUACCAUGAUCAACGUUCACAUCGAGGGUAACGCCUUUUCUGCUGCAGCGGCUCAGCAGGAAAUUGAUAGGAUUGCCGGUGAGCGCGCCGCUAACGUCCAGACAAAGUUGCGUAAUAUCCCCGCCGAGUUUUACCCUUUCAUUGCCGGACCCAAGAACAACCUGGUGCACAAGCUCGAAGAAGACAUGGGAGUUCAGAUUCGCGUACCUCCCCUCCAGGGCCGGUCCCUGCAACCCCCCAGUAUCCCUGCUCCUGGGCAACGCCCCAUCUUUGCGCCUGCUCCUCAGGACUACAACAUUCAGCUCGCCGGUGAGCGUACCGCUGUUCAAAAUGCGAGGGCCGCCAUUGAACGACGUGCAGAGGAGCUUCGCCGUCAGCUCGCUCUGGAGCAGCUGUCGAUCCAGCGUGGUCGUCACCAGUUUAUCAUCGGAGACAGGGGUGUGCCUGUUGACCAGUUCUUUGAGGACACCGGUUGCGCCAUCAUUCUCCCUAACGAUGAAGAUGAUGACAUGGUAACCAUUAUUGGACCUCAAGACCACGUUCAGGCUGGUCUCGAGAGGGCCAUGGACCUCGCUAUGAACAUGCAGUGCUCCAACAUCGACAUUUCCAGAUUCCACCGCCAGGCUCCUGGAGGCGCUGCGGCUCAUGCCCGCAACGUGACCCGCUAUCUUCGUCAGCGGAAGGCCAUUGAGCAGCUCGAGAGGCAACACAAUGUCCAGGUGAACACUCCUUUCUCGAACGAGGGUGCUUUGCCUUGGGAGCUUUAUGCUCGUGAUGGCAAAAACGCCAUUAGGGCCCAGUCCGAAAUCAAGGGUCUUGUUGACAGCCACCCUCCCGCUCGUAUCCAGGCUGUUCAGGUUGAUCCUUUCUUUCACACUUACAUCCGCAAGGACAUCACUCCCCGUGUCAGACAGGAUUACAGGGUGCAGUUGGUUGUCCCCGAGGCUACUGAGGCCAACGCCCCUGUUCUCUUGGUAUAUGAGGGACCUUCUAGCCCGACUAGCUACGAGAUUCCUCGCGGCCAGCCUAGCCAGUCCGAGGUUAGCGAGAUGCAGAAGUGGCUGCAGGACGCCCGCCAGCAUAUCCUCGGCCUUGUUAGCCAACAAGAGGAGAUCAUUCAUGCCUCCCUGGACGUUCCCCAGAAGUACCACGACAAGCUUAGAAAGUUUAUUCGGAAGGAGCAGGAUGAGCGUAGAAGUCAGGAGAAGAUCCCCGCUCGCGUCUCUAACAUUGGCACCACAGUCAAUAUCAAGGGCCCCCGUUCUGCUGUCGAGAACCUUGCUUCCAAGUGCGAGGCCUUCAUCGAGCAAGAGAAGGCUGACGAGAAGGAACGUGGCUUCACGCUGGAGUUUGAAUUCCCGCAGAAGUUUGCUAACCACCUGAUUGGCAAGGGCGGUAGCAACAUCCGUGAGCUCCGUGAGAAGUUCGAUGUUGAUAUUCAGGUUCAGGACGGCAAGGUCGAACUUAAGGGUCCCAAGGCUAAGGCUGAGGCGGCCAAGACCCACAUCCUUGCUUUGGGCCGUCAACUCCAGGACGAGGCCACUCACAUCCUCAAGAUCGACCCGCAGUUCCAUCGGGCCCUGAUCGGUGCUCAGGGUGCACAGAUCAACCGACUGCAGACUCGCUAUAAGGUCUUGAUCUUCUUCCCUCGCACUCAGAAGGCUUCUAACGACGACGAGUCUGUUGCCGAGGCUUCUGAUGCCGGCAAGCCGCGCCGCCAACAGGCUGCUGACGAAGUCAUUGUGCGGGGACCUAAGCGUGGUGCUGACGAGGCUCGUGACGAGUUGCUUUCUUUGUUGCAGUAUCUGAAAGAUACUUCCUACACUGCUACCGUCACUGUUCAGCAGAAGCAGAUUCCCUCGCUCAUUGGCUCCGGCGGUGCUGCUCUCGAUGCGCUCCGCAACGAGACCAAGGCUGUCAUCGAUAUCCCCAGCGCUCGCGACACCGCCGACGGCCUUGUUGAGAUUCAGAUCAAGGGCACUAAGGAGGCCGUUGCUGCUGCUAAGAAGGCCUUGGAGGCAAAGAAGGCCGUUUUUGAGGACACCGUUGUCAAGACUAUCGAGGUCGACAGGAAGUAUCACAGAAGCCUCAUUGGCGCAGGUGGCUCCACCAUCCGUGACAUUGUUGUCAAGGCCGGCGGCUCCGACGAUCGUCGCGAGAUUGCUCGCGCUGUCCAGUUCCCCAAGCAGGACAACAGCGAUAAUACCAUCAAGAUUGAGGGUCGCACCUCGGUUGUCGACAACAUUAUCCAGCAAAUCGAGGCUAUCGUUGCUGAGCGCCAAAACCAGGUUACCGAGGUCAUUGAGGUCCCUGUUGAGAAGCACAGGUCUCUCAUUGGCCGUGGUGGCGAUGUCAAGCGCGGUCUCGAGUCACAGUUCAAGGUCUCCAUCGACGUCCCUCGCCAAGGCAGCGGCCAGACCGGCAUCAAGAUUGUCGGCCAGUCUGCCGAUGUUGAGAAGGCCAAGGCUCACAUCCAGUCCUUGACGAAGGAUCAGCCCGGCGAGACUCUUCAGGUGCCCCGCGCUCUUCACCAUUCGGUCUCCAACAACGGCCAGAUUUUCAGGAGGCUGAAGAGCGAUCACCAUGUCACCGUCGACCAUGCGGGCCAUUCCAUUCCCACCAAGCCCGCUGCCCCUGCGAGCAUCCGUGCAAAUGGCGGUUCUCUUCCCUUGAUUACUGAUGACGAGGAGUCGACUGCCGAUGCGCACUCCUGGACUGUUGUUGACCAGACCUCGACCGAGGAGGGCGACAUCCCCUGGGUUAUUCGCGGCUCUCCCGAAAACAUUGAGAAGGCCAAGAAGGUCAUCGAGACUGCGAUUGAGCAGGCCAAGAAGGAGGAUGCUAUUGGCUACCUUAUCUUGCCCGAUCCUAGGACCUAUCGCUACGUGAUCGGCCAGGGUGGCGCCAAGGUCAACCAGAUUCGCAAGCAGAGCGGCUGCAAGAUCACCGUCCCUCGCGACCAAGCCAAGGGUGAGGCUAUUGAGGUUGUUGGUAACAAGGAGGGUGUUGAGAAGGCCAAGGACUUGAUCCUUGCUGCCGUCAAAGAAGGCCAGAAUGCCAGCAGGUCGCCAAGAGAGUAAAGUUCUCGUUUGUGAAGGCUUUCGUUCGGGUAUGGUCGGUGAAGUCACGGUUUAUGCUGCAACAUAGGUGAUGGUUAGUUGAGGGGCACUUGAGAGGGACCCAUAUAGGAUGCAUGAUGGGAGGCUUUGCGCUCCGCCAAGCGAUAUACCUCUGGUCCUGAAACUUUUUUUUUCUUUAUAUCAUGGGAGGAUGGAUGACUUUUUAUGGCCACUAAAAUUUUCUGGGAAAUGGUUCAGAAAAAAGGAGAUGUCUGACGCAGGUUGAAGGACGUAAUGAGGAACAAGAAUUGAAUCUUCACGUUCCACUGGUUAGGAGGCGAGAAUGGAGAAUGACCCAACUUCCACUGACGUGUGCAGUGUUUAUGCUUCUGAUUGUCGUCCAUGUUUUGACAUUCCUUGCAGAUCGAGUCAGAGAAGCACGCUUUAUGGCAUGGUGGUAACUUCCGAGCUGUAUUAUGUACAAUAAUCAAACAUUGUCAUAUAUACCUAGCGAGGAAAAAAAGGAUGUGACUGUGUCGAGUAUGGCUACCGCCACACGCUGUAGUCAUCUCUCCCUUCAAAAUUCCCCGACUCAGAAGCUUUUGAUAUCCCGC